AUGGCGGUGUCAGCAAUGAGGCCGGUGGCAGCAGGCGGCAGUGGAGGUGCUGCUGGCCCCAAUGGGCCCCUACGAGAAUGGGGCUGCAGUGGGAUGAGAGGGGCAGGAUGCGGGGUUUUGGAAACCGUUUGGAGGACUGUGUUCACGACUGACGUCCUGUUUCUUGUCUUGCAGAUCGGAAACCUGGAAAACUACUACCACUUUUAUCACAGCAAGACCUUCAAGAGGUCGACCUUCAGUAGCAGAGGCCCUCACACCUUCCUCCGAAUGGACCCCCAGGUGAAAUGGCUCCAGCAACAGGAAGUCAAACGCAGGGUGAAGAGGCUGGUGCGCAGUGACCCCCAGGCCCUUAACUUCAACGACCCCAUUUGGCCCAACAUGUGGUACCUGCACUGCGGGGACAAGCACAGCCGCUGCCGCUCGGAGAUGAACGUGCAGGCGGCGUGGAAGAGAGGCUACACGGGGAAGAACGUGGUGGUCACCAUCUUGGAUGACGGCAUCGAGAGGAACCACCCGGACCUGGCCCCCAAUUACGAUUCCUACGCAAGUUACGACGUCAAUGGAAAUGAUUAUGACCCAUCGCCACGCUACGAUGCCAGCAACGAAAACAAGUACGUCUGUCGCUGUUUGGGGCUCCCCCAGCCGCCUCCCUGCUCCCGGGCCCGGUGUCUGGGGGGACGCGCGCGCACCCAGCCCUCUGUGCUUCCAGGCAUCCGCAUGCUGGACGGGGACGUGACCGACGUGGUGGAGGCCAAGUCGCUGGGCGUCCGGCCCAACUACAUCGACAUUUACAGCGCGAGCUGGGGGCCCGACGACGACGGGAAGACGGUGGACGGCCCGGGCCGGCUGGCCAAGCAGGCCUUCGAGUACGGCAUUAAAAAGGUCACCACGGACCUGCGACAGCGCUGCACGGACGGGCACACGGGCACCUCCGUCUCGGCCCCCAUGGUGGCGGGGAUCAUCGCCCUGGCGUUAGAAGCAAACAGCCAGCUCACCUGGCGCGACGUGCAGCACCUGCUGGUGAAGACUUCCCGGCCGGCCCACCUGAAGGCGAACGACUGGAAGGUCAACGGGGCCGGUCACAAAGUCAGCCAUCUGUACGGGUUCGGCUUGGUGGACGCGGAAGCCCUGGUCCUGGAGGCGAAGAAGUGGACGGCGGUGCCCUCGCAGCACACCUGCGUCGCCUUCACCGACAAGAGGCCCAGGAGUAUCCCUGUGGUGCAGACGCUGCGGACCACGGCCCUAACGCUGCUGGACCACUCCAACGAAGGGUUUUCCAACUGGGAGUUCAUGACGGUGCACAGCUGGGGAGAGAAGGCCGAGGGGGAGUGGACGCUGGAGAUCCAGGACAUGCCGUCGCAGGUCCGCAACCCGGGGAGGCAAGGGAAGCUGAAGGAAUGGAGCCUCGUCCUGUACGGCACGGCCGAGCACCCCUACCACACCUUCAGCUCGCCGACGCUCUAUCCACUGAGCCACACCAGAGAGGGCUGGUUUUCCACUCUGACAUCGUGGGGCUGGCCUGGCUAG